AUGGCUCAUAAGCAGGAUCCUCCUGUUAGUAUGAGCAGGCAGUGCUUGGCUACCAAGCAUUGGCUUGUGAAGCCAGGCUAUUUCAGAGUUCGAGAUAUGCAAAAUGCAAAGGCAUGUGUUCGGAUGGCCAAAAAAAACAAGACACAAGCCCCUCAUGCUGCAGGACAAAAUAUACACUGUGCCAUCCCUUCUGUCACUUCACCUAUGCUUGAAGGUCUGCAUUCUCGCAGUACCACUCCCAAGGUCGAUGAUGGAUCUAUACUUACCAUGGAGAAUGGUCUCCCUUGUUCCUGCAAUUUGCUAAUCCUGCAAGACAUCGAGAACAUGGCCAACUGCUGGCAAAAGGGGUGGGUUGAGAAGUCUGAGCAUUUGUGGGAUGGUGCAUAUGAGAAACUGCUUGAAGAGGUCAAAUUCUUUGAAGUUAAAGUAGCUAACAGUAAAAAUAAGUAG